AGGUUCAGAUGAAGGCUGUGAUCGCAGCUUGCAAAUCCUUGUGGCCUCGAUCAACAAAACGGACAAGCCAAGGCUGGUCUAAAGAGAGGGACAGCGAUUCUUGGAUUGUUCAUCUUGGCCUCGCUGGCACAGACCGUUUGGUUCGUCAUCUGCGUGUGUGAGAACGACGCGAGUCAUCGGAACUUGCACUGAACAAUUCCGGAAGACGACGUAUGAGAGCACUCGAAUUGCCGCAGAUCAAUCAAAACCACAUGGUUUCUGACCAACAAUACGCUUGUAAUCACUCCUCCAAGACCAAGUCAUACCAAAGCUCUUAGAGCUAACAGCACAAUGGCUCACGAAGCGACUACAAAGUCGAUGAGAAUUUUACCUGGUCACUUGUAUUCUGUCUCUCAACCCGUGUCAGAAAAACUGCAACAUCUACCAACAUGACUUCUCUCAAUCUUCAGAGACCAAUCAAUAAGACCAUGACCCCCAUCAGGGAGGAUAUUACUAUUCCGGUCUAUCCAGACAUGCCGGCACCUCUCAAGAUGCACUCUGUGCAUAUCGAGGACAGACCUAAUCCAGAGCCCGUCGAAGUCAGACUUCCUCCAACACCUCAGCGCCAGCCAUCACCAGAAGGUCAAGUAGUCUGCAAGCUUGCGUUCGAUCAUCCUGAACAAAGCGACCCUAGCGGUCCAGACUUGACCGAGGCGCCCCUCACCGUCUCGCCCGAGGAUAGCUCCACGUCCAUCCACCCCGAGGAGUCGGAAACCAAACCUCUGCGCAAAAGUUCUGCCCUGGAGACUCUAGAUCAGCUCAAAGCCUUGGAGCAGCAAAAGGGACAGCAGCAGCAGGAGCAAGCCGCCCCUCCUGUCCCAGCCAGAAACCCUCUCAGAAACGCACCCAAGAAGGGCUGGGUGGCAAAGCUCCUGAGCAAGUUGACGUGCAUGCACAAGGAUGCCGCAAAUAAGAGCUCAAAGCCCGCCAAACCUGUCAGGUUGGCCAGAUCUCUCUUGUCCAGAAGAUCAGGCAGAUCGUCGUUCACAAAGAGCGGCGGCAAGAGUACCGGCGGUACUGCUGGCAGUAUUGCGACCAUGUCAGCAACUACUCCAGGCGGGGCUGCUACUUGUUCGGGCGCUGCUAUUUGUGGCACUGGCUGCGGUUGCGGCACUGGAUGCGGUUGUUAAAUAGAGAUAAAGCUCUUUUCUCUGGUUUGUGCGAAAAGCUUGGUGUGGUUGCGCAAAUUGACUCAUCAAGCGAAAAGGAGGCGAAUAUAUA